AUGACCCCGCAAUCACAUCCGUCGCCUUCCACCACCAUGGCCUACAGUCUGGCCGCGACUGCCCCGACGGCCUCCCGACCGGCCAUCGCCUCACGUCCCAAACUGACCCUCCAAACCUCCUCGCUGCCACGCACGUUCGGCACCUCAUCGACUGGCCUGUCGCUCUCGCUGGCCGCCGGCCCAACAGCGUCGCCCACGGUGCGCAACACCUUUAAGAACGCCUACGAGGUGGCCCCCUCGUCCGCCACCGCGUCACCCUCGUCCAAAUUCCCCAGCACCAGCACCAGCACCAGCACCCGCUUCAGCAAGCCCUCCUCGCCCUUCACCACCCACCACCCCUACCAACUGCCGCUCGGGGUGAGAAGCAUCCUGCGCAACUCGCCACUGGAGCCGAGCUGCCGCCGCCGGUCCGGAUCGGUGGCCACCAACAACGGCCCGAACGGCGGUCCGAGUUCGCGCCGCGUCUUCUUUCCCGCCAAGAAGCAAGUCAGUUAUCGCUUUCCGCUGGAGGAGGAGAUCCAGACGGUGCGCUACACUGCCCGCCACUCCGAUCUCCACGAUGAGCCUGUCCCUCAGCUGCUGCCCGAGCCCUCCAUCUCGACCUCCGACGAUGACUCGGAUUCCACCACCAGCGGCGGUUCCAGCAGCAGCAGCAGCACCACCACCUCCGAGGACGAGCCUGACACAACGCGAACAACAACUGUCUCAGGCAAGACCCCACUGUCUCCGAUCAAGCGGAAGAAGCGGAAGCACCACAACGCCGAGCGACAGGUGCGGGCGGUGGCCCUGAUGGACGGGCUGGCCGGAACCAACUACGGGGCCCUCACGCCGCAGACGCCGCGCAGGAAACGGGCCAAACGCCGUUGCGAGUGGCGAUGGACCCUGGGACCGUUGGAGAAGGGCGAAACUGUGCUUCAGGAUGAGACGAGACCCUCCGUGGCCGUGGCCGCUGAAACGAUACCUCCUCCGUCCGAAACCGACGCGCCCGCUUCCAGCUCCAGCACCUGCACCACCACCACCACCACCUAUACAGACCACCACUCCAGCCCCAGCUCGUCCGUUCCCUCCGGGAGGGACACUCACGAGUCCCAGGCUGACACGACUCACGAACGACAACUACUACCCGAAUGCAUGAUGAAUGUCGAUCACCCACGAUAA